CCAAUGCGGCACGUGUUGAAACCAGCGGGUCUUCUUCGCCGCCAAGCACCGAUGAGGACUUCCGCUCUUUCCUUUAUUUAUUCUAGGGUUCAUAAAUUUCUCCUCCUUAGAUUUCUCCUCCUCCUUUCUGUCGAAGCGUCGUCUCAUUGCGUAUUCGUAGCUAAGAAUUUCAAUGGUUGUGAAUUCUAACAUGGCGUUGUGCCCCGAAAAAUCGGCGGUGAAGCGGGAUUGUGAUGAUUCUUUUGAAGAAGGGCACGGUCGCUUGGACAAGCGAUUCAAGCCGGAUUUUCAUCAGAACAAUCCAUUUGAUGAACCUAGUCCUCUGGGUUUGACGCUAAGGAAGAGCCCGUCCCUGUUGGAUCUAAUUCAAAUGAAACUCUCACAUGGGAGUGCGUCCACAGCUGGAGCUUCAAACAGUGAAAAUUUUGACUUUCUGGUUAAAAAAGAAAUCAAGGACGCUACCAUGCCGGGUACCACUGAGAAACUAAAGGCUUCAAACUUCCCAGCUUCACUUUUAAAGAUUGGACGUUGGGAGUACAAAUCAAGGUAUGAAGGUGAUUUAGUGGCAAAGUGUUACUAUGCUAAGCAUAAGCUUGUCUGGGAAAUCCUCGAGGGUGGACUCAAAAGUAAAAUAGAAAUACAAUGGUCAGAUAUUAUGGCUUUAAAAGCAAAUUGUCCUGAUGAUGGACCUGGUACACUAAAUGUUGUGCUGUCUAGAUGGCCUCUUUUCUUCAGGGAGACCAACCCUCAACCAAGGAAGCACACUUUGUGGCAGGCAACAGCUGACUUUACGGAUGGUGAGGCCAGCAUGCGGAGGCAGCAUUUUCUGCAAUGUCCACAAGGGCUGCUAAACAAGCAUUUUGAAAAGCUCAUCCAAUGUGACUCGCACCUUAACUUCUUAAGCCAACAGCCGGAAAUUGUGUUAGGUUCUCCAUAUUUUGAACCAAAAGCCUCUGUUUUUACUACCUUGGAGCAAGCCAGCAACCAUGGUUUGGAGCGAGCAGAGUCUGUAAUUCGACUUCCUACUUUCCAGGGUGUUGCUUCACCAUCUGUUGCAUCAUCAUUGAAGAUAGAACAGACUUCUCCCCAGAUGGUGCUCGAACCGUGCACCUUGGAGGUUCCUUCCCCUAGUUCAGUGAUGGAUACACAUGAGAUUGAAGAGAAUAGAAGUACGAAAGUUACCUGCGAGCCAAGAAACUGGGAACAGAUUAAGGUUCCAGGGCUCCAUCCAUCUAUGUCGAUGAGUGACCUCGUAAACCAUAUCGGACAUCAUAUUACAGAACAAAUGGCUUCCACAAAUUUGCCGUUUGUUGAUGGUGGUUCGGAAUAUCAAAACAUGCUGGAUGAAAUUGCGCUUUACUUGCUCAACGACAAUCAAUCAUCAGCAGCUUCUGAUGAGGUAAAACUUAUKUCGAGAGUCGAUUCUCUCUGUUGCCUUUUGAAAGAACCUGCUGCAGUUCAAAGUUUUCAAACCAGUAGCAAAAGCUGUGUCGGAGGACCCGACCACAAAGAAGAUGUUCAGCUUAAGAAUGCUGCGGAGUUGAGGGAUGACAAAAAUAUGGGAGGCCAUAUCAAGGUUCAUCUUCACCCUGAGGAGGAAACAAAGGAUGUCUCYGUAAGCAAACAAACACCAGCAGCUAUAUCAAGGAAAGAUUCAUUUGGGGAUUUGCUGUUGCAUCUUCCUCGAAUUAUGUCGCUCCCGAAGUUCUUGUUUAACAUUUCAGAUGGUGAUGAAGGUCAAGAUUAAUUAGUUCAAGCUAAUUUUAAGGUUCUUGCAUCUUCUUGCUUGGAAAGUAUGGGGAUUCUGGAAACACAAUCUCUACGUGUAAAAUUUCUCUUAUUAGGUUCAUAGGCCACAGUUGACCACAAAACGCUUACAUUGUACACAGAAUGGGUUUGAUUAUACAGUAAAGGUCGAAUGAUAGCUCCUAUUUUAACC